GGGGGGGGGGGGGGGGGUAAUAACCCAAAGCUAAUGCCAUUUUGUCCAUAUCAUUUAAACAAUAGAGGUAUUAUAUUAUAGAGUUAGUCAACCCAGAAAUACUCUUACACUCUUACUUUCUCAUUUCUUACUGUUUCCCCUUCCCUUUUUUUCACUACUUUGAAAAUCAUAAUGGGCUGGCACCAGAACCUCUUGAUAGGAUAGAAGAUAACUUGAUAUUAUAAUUUUGGCAGUGACAAGAUAAGGGAAAGCAGCACCAUAAUCUUCACUUCCGGGUGGUCUUAGCAUAUAAAAUGUAACUAUUGCUACUAGUGGAGAGAAACGAAGACAAGAGGAAGAAGGGAUGAGGUCGGGGGAAAGGUCAAGAGACGAGGGAUGGAGAGGAAGAAUGAAAGAGGGGGAGAGAAGGAAUGAGAAAAAAGGAAGUGAGAGAAAAGUGAGAAGCUAGCUAGCUAGAGAGGGCGCUACAUCUGAUUGCGCAACGGGGUGACAUCUAACCAUUUCUGGAAAGCGAGACAGCUACAUUCGGGCUUUAUUUUCUGGUUUUCAAAAUAAUUGAAUAGGCAUCAGUGACAAAAUAUGGAGUACAUAGAGACCCAAGAUUCAACACAGUGUAUGAUAUUGUGUUGCCAGUGUGGAACUCCUAUUCAGCCCAACCCUGCUAACACGUGUGUGGCUUGUCUUCGGACCCAAGUUGACAUCACAGAAGGAAUUCCCAAGCAGUCGGCCAUCCACUUCUGCAAAGGUUGUGAGAGGUAUCUACAGCCUCCAGCCCAGUGGGUUCCCUGUGCAUUAGAAUCAAGAGAGCUACUUAGUCUCUGUCUCAAGAAACUCAAAGGACUUGCCAAGGUGAGACUGAUAGACGCAGGCUUUGUGUGGACCGAGCCCCAUUCCAAAAGGUUAAAGGUCAAAUUGACCAUACAGAAAGAGGUCCAGAGCGGGGCUAUCCUGCAGCAGGUUUUCAUCGUUGAGUAUGUCGUCCAGGGUCAGAUGUGUAAUGAUUGCCAUCGGGUGGAAGCUAAGGAUUUCUGGAGAGCCGUUGUUCAGGUCCGACAGAAGACGAACCACAAGAAGACGUUUUUCUACCUGGAGCAGUUGAUCCUGAAGCACAAUCUCCAUGUGAACUGUCUGAACGUCAAGCAGCAUGACGAAGGCAUUGAUUUCUACUACGCCUCCAAGGAUCAGUCCAAUGGAGCCAGGAAGAUGGUGGACUUUCUUAUCUCAGUCGUCCCCUGCAAGUACAAGUUAUCCCAACAGCUGAUCUCACAUGACAUCCAUAAUAACACCUACAACUACAAAUACACAUUCUCUGUUGAGAUAGUUCCUAUUUGUAAGGACAAUGUUGUAUGUCUGCCUAAGAAACUGGCUGCCUCUCUGGGAAACAUUGGACAGAUCUGCGUGUGUAACAGAGUGUGUAGCACAGUCCAGUUGAUUGAUCCUAAUACACUGCAAAUUGUGGAGCUGAAUGCUACAACGUUUUGGCGUAAUCCCUUCAGCACGUUGUGUGACCCUCAUCAGCUGACAGAGUAUAUGGUCCUGCAGGUGGAGAGGAUAGCUGAAGGAGACAUUAAACAUGUCAAAGGAGGGGGAGCGAAGUCAAAGAAGCAUCUGUUGGCCGAUGUCUGGUUGAUGAGGACGCAGGACAUGGGUGUGGUCGACACACAGUAUCACUGCCGGACUCACCUAGGGCACCUUCUCUCUGCAGGAGACACUGUCAAAGGUCUUGAUCUGGUCAAUUCAAACGUCAACAACAAACAUCUGGAACAGAUGAAAGCAGAGAAUGUUCCGGAUGUCGUGUUGGUCAAGAAGCACUUUGGUGACCGAAGUCGUCGACAUCGCAAGCGCAACUGGAAGCUGAAGACGAUGACCAAAGAGAUAGCUCUUCAUGAGAAUGCUGCUGAGAGGGACUACAUGGGCUUCUUGGAAGAUUUGGAGGAAGAUGAUGAUUACAGGAAGAACGUCAAUAUUUAUCUUGAUCGCAGCAAGAACAUUGCAGUGGAGAGCAGCGAUGAUGAGCCGACACCCCAGAUUAGUCUUCAGGAAAUGCUGGAAGACUUUCACAUCGGAGACAAUGAGGAUGCUGCGCAAGCUGGAGAUGAAGCAACAGGAAUGGAGUGAUACAUUAGAGACGCAUCAGUUGCAGAAUUUCUUCUCUUAAAUGAAAAUUAUGAAAUCUUUCGUUAAAAACUGAUUCAUUUAAAGUUAGAGAACUGGGUAUUGAUGACAUUUAAAAAUGCUCAUAAUUUCAACCCACUGUUACAUGCUAGUAGGUCUGUGGGACUGUGAGUACUUGAUGAUUGCAGAUUGUCAGCAAAUUUAGGAGAAUACCAAAAUAGCAGAAAGAAAGAACGAAAAGAUCAAAUUUGUAUAAGGGGAAAAUACACACAAUAGCACCUAAAUUACAUUUUCUGGCUCUAAAACAGGUUCCGUGACAUUUCCUCUAGUGACAGUUGCUCCGAUGGGAAAUCUGCAUGUUAAGCCAAACUUAAUGAUUGACCUCCAAAACUAAAUAAACCCUAGUCCUUAUCCUUACAUCAUUCUGAAUCAAUAACUUUAUUACAAUCGUAACUCUAACCCUAUGCCCUCUGAGAUAUUAAAGGACAAGUCCACCCCAACAAAAUGUCGAUUUGAAUAAAAGGAGGAAAAUCCAACGAGCAUAACACUGAAAAUUUCAUCAAAAUCGGAUGUAAAAUAAGAAAGUUAUGACAUUUUUAAGUUUCGCUUAAUUUCACAUAAUAGUUAUAUGCACAUCCCAGUCGGUAUGCAAAUGAGGGAACUGAUGACAUCACUCACUCACUUUUUCUUUUGUAUUUUAUUAUAUGAAAUAUGAUAUAUUCUAAGUUUCUCCUCAUUGUCCUGUGAUACAAAGUUUUAUUUCUCCCUGAACAUAUGGAAUUACCAUUGUUUAACAUUAUAUGGUUCAGUCAACUAGGUCCUUAUUGUCAAUUCUGUAAAAAUUGAAAUAUUGUAUAAUUCAAACAAUAAAAAACAAAAGAAAUAGUGAGGGACAUCAUCGAUUCUCUCAUUUGCAUGUGACUAAAUUGUGCAUAUAACUCUUGAGAAAAAUAAGCGAAACUUUAAAAUGUUAUAACUUUCUUAUUUUACAUCCGACUCUGAUGAAAUUUUCAGCAUUAUGCUUGUCUGAUUUUUCUCUGUUGAUUCAAAUCAACAUUUUUAUGAGGUGGACUUGACCUUUAAGACCGGAGCACAUGUCUUGUCACCUUAUAACAUACAAGAUGAGGUAAACAAAUUGAUGACAAGAUGUCUGUUUAAGGUGUGAAAGAUGGUUGUGAAACAUCAGUGGAAACGGUUGCUAGUUCAUUGUAGGGUCCAUCCUGAACACCUUCGUUGAGAGGAUUUAUUUGAUUGGAAUGGGUGAAAUCCCCAUUUGAUGAAAAGUAUUUUUAAAGUGAUUUUCCUUUUCUUUUUUUGAUAGAGCCACAAAGUAAUGAAGAAAAGUUGUAAAAAGUGAGAUCUCUUGGGUACUUCAAUCUCAUAUAGUUCAUAGAAAACCACAAUUUAUCAAAACAACAAUCCUCUGUAUCUAGAUGUAUGUGUAUUGAUAUUAAGGACAACCUCUAUUCCUCAUGUCCUAAAUUAACAACAAACAAAAACUAGUUUGUUGAUUUCUUCUUUAUCCAACACUAAAUGUAUAGGACGGACAUGAAUAUGUAAUAUUUCCAGUAAUAAUAUGAGCAUGCAUUAAUAUUUUUCUUAGGCCUAUUUUAUAGGAUUGUAUGCUCAUCACUGUAAUAGUAUUAAUGCUUCUGUAAUUUGAUCUCAUUUGACAAAACAAAAUAUUAAGGAAUGUUCCUAUUAUAUUAGUUUAUUUUGAAAUCUAUUAAAUCAAAUCGGUUAUUUCAUUUUA